AUGGGCCUGUGCAGCCCCACUUUCAAUCCCGAUCAGGACAUUCCCGAUCUCAGCGAACAGGUCGUCAUUGUUACAGGAGGAAAUGCCGGCCUGGGACUCGAGACAGUCAGACAGCUUGCAAAGAACAACCCUUCCCGCGUCUACCUUGCUGCACGGUCUAAGGAGAAGGCCGAAGCAGCCAUCAAGCAACUCAAAGAUGCCGACCCGGACUGCGCACCCAUUGCCUUUCUACAUCUCGACCUGUCAUCUUUCCAGAGCAUCAUUGCGGCCGCUCAAACCUUCAAAGCAUCCGAAUCUCGACUUGAUAUCCUUGUCAACAAUGCUGGCAUCAUGAUGACCGCCGAAGGCCUUACGAAGGACGGCUACGAGAUACAGUUCGGAACGAACGUCAUGGGACCGGCUCUCUUCACGCAGCUUCUCCAGCCCGUCCUCCAGAGAACUGCCAAAAUUAACCCGCAGACUCGAGUCGUCAACCUCUCUUCGGCUUCCGAGAGUGUCGCACCAGGCGAUAUAUACAAAUUCGACGAGCUGAAGACAACCAUGCCUAACCGUCAUACCACGGCACGCUACGCCCUUUCCAAGAUCGCCGACAUCCACUACACGACCGCCAUGGCUGAGAAGUACAAGGACGUGAAGUUCAUCAGCGUUCACCCGGGAAUGGUAGCUACAAAUCUUCACCACGACUCUACAGGCACCUUUCUCAAGCCUUUCCUCAACACUGCUGUCGUACUAUUCGCUACACCUGUUGAAAAAGGCGCUUACAGUCAGCUCUGGGCAGCGGUCAGCCCUGAUGCUCAGAGCGGAGAAUUUUAUGGCCCCGUUGGCGUGGCUGGGAAAGGCUCGAAGCUGAGCCAAGAUCGCGUGCUGGGGGAGCAGUUGUGGGAUUGGAUUCAAGGCGAGCUUCGGGAGGUUUUGCAGGUACAUGGUAACUGA